AGAGGAGAAUGCGGGGUGGUGUUCCCGUGCUGUUUGCGUUAGCCACCGUGGUGGUGCCGGCGACGGUGGUUCUCGGCGGUUUGGCGGCGACUUUUCUUCCUCUGGAACGGGCCAUUCCUCUGAACCAGCAAGUUGAACUUGGGACACUGAGAGCUCGCGACAGAGCACGGCACGGUCGAAUCUUGCAGGGCGUCGUUGGUGGCGUUGUCGACUUCUCAGUCCAAGGAACCUCCGAUCCUUACUUCGUUGGGUUGUAUUUCACGAAAGUGAAGUUGGGAUCACCUGCAAAAGAGUUUUACGUUCAGAUUGAUACUGGAAGUGACAUCUUGUGGCUAAACUGCAUGACUUGCAGUAAUUGCCCGCAAUCUAGUGGGUUGGGGAUUCAGCUCAAUUUCUUUGACACGGCCAGCUCAUCCACUGCUGCGCAGGUUUCGUGCUCGGACCCGAUAUGUUCUUAUGCGGUUCGAACUGCGACGAGUGAAUGCUCUUCUCAGGCCAAUCAAUGCACCUACACCUAUCAGUAUGGGGAUGGAAGUGGGACAUCUGGUUAUUAUGUUUCUGAUACGAUGUAUUUUGACAUGAUCCUGGGGCAGUCUGUGUUUUCUAACUCAUCUACCAUUGUUUUUGGGUGUAGUUCCUAUCAGGCUGGGGAUUUGACUAGGACAGAUAAAGCAGUUGAUGGAAUUUUUGGGUUUGGCCCUGGUGCUUUAUCUGUCAUAUCACAACUGUCAUCACAGAGUGUAACACCCAAAGUGUUCUCUCAUUGCUUAAAAGGACAGGACAAUGGAGGAGGCAUACUAGUUCUUGGUGAAAUUUUGGAGCCAAGUAUUGUUUAUAGUCCACUUGUCCCAUCGCAGCCUCAUUACAAUUUAAAUCUUCAGAGCAUUGCUGUGAAUGGACAACUUCUCUCAAUUGAUCCAGAUGUAUUUGCAACAGCUAACAAUCGAGGAACUAUAGUUGACUCUGGUACAACAUUGGCAUACCUUGUUCAAGAAGCUUAUGAUCCUUUUGUCGAUGCUAUAACCACCGCUGUCUCACAGUUUUCAAAACCCAUUAUUUCAAAAGGAAACCAGUGCUAUCUGGUCUCAAACAGUGUAGGUGAUAUAUUUCCUUCUGUGAGUUUAAACUUCAUGGGUGGGGCAUCCAUGGUUUUAAAUCCAGAACAUUACCUCAUGCAUUAUGGUUUCCAAGAUGGAGCUGCAAUGUGGUGCAUUGGCUUCCAGAAAGUGGAGGAGGGAUUCACAAUUUUAGGAGAUCUUGUCCUAAAAGAUAAGAUUUUUGUAUAUGACUUAGCUAAUCAACGAAUUGGAUGGGCCAAUUAUGAUUGUUCCCUGGCUGUAAAUGUCUCUGUGGCCACGAGCAAGAGCAAGGAUGCAUAUAUCAAUGCAGGACAGAUGAGUGUCAGCUGUUCCCACAUAGGCUCUUUCUCCAAGUUGCUAACUGCCAGCAUUGUUGCUUUCCUUGUGCACAUAAUAGUUUUCAUGGAGUCCCAAUUUUCGUAAUCCACGUCCAAGAGUCAAAGAUUAUUCUUUGAAACUCACAGAGGUUGGCUGAUGUUUUAUUUAUUAUCGGCAUGGCCUUCUGAUAUUUUGAGAAGGGAGUGGUCGCUGUUUUCUGCUCUGUAUUUAAUCUCAUUGGUAUCUUUCCAUUAACGUGAUGAAAAUGCGGAUCCAUUGUAAAGGGGGACUCUCUUGUUGGGAACUGGCAUAUUUGUAUAUUAGUGUAACUGCGGAGUAGAUGGAAAUUGUACUAUUUAUAAACUCCUCUGACUGCAUUAAACAGUUUACUUGUUAGUUGUG